AUGGCUGACGUUCCACAACUGAUCAAAGUGUCCGUCGCUUUGAAAACGACACCCAACGAUGGACCAGUGUACUUCAAAACCGACGGGACCAGAUUCGAUCAGAACAGGACAAUAAAAUUACUUACUGGAACGAAAUACAAAAUCGAGGUGGUCGUUAAACCUGGAGCUGUACAGGCUACGAGCAUGAGCAUCGGGCCAGUGACGUUCCCCUUAGAGCAGCAGUCGAAAGACCCCCAGUCAGCGGUCUACACAGGCAUGUACCCCACCGAAACUCUGCCCCACACCAAGAGUGGGGAGAGGCAGCCUGUCCCAGUGAGCAUACAGUUUCCUGAUGCUGGCCAGUUUGAGACCACCUGGCAGGUGAAGUACUACAACUACCAGAAGCGAGACCACUGCACGGGUGGCAACAGGUUCAGGAGCAUAGACUAUGAGUGCAAGCCCAACGAGACCAAAACCCUCAUGUGGAUCAGUAAAGAGGCGUUUGUUUGA